AUGAAACAGACAGAGAACAAAAGAUUGCUGAUGAUUACCACAAAGAUGUCGAAUACGAGAAGAUUCUUCGCGAAGAAGAGAAGAAUAAAUCUCCACAGAAUCAGCAAAAAGCACUUCCAUCUCAUGAACAAGAGAAACAAGACUGGUCAAGGACAUUCGGAUCAUCAAGAUCAAUCAGAGAAUCAGAGUUCAAGAGGAAGAACGAAGAACUCGAGAGAAUGCGUCAAAGAGAAGCAGAAAGACAGAAACUCGCCGAAGAACUUCGAAGAAAACAACAGGAAAUAUUAA